UUAUCUUGCGCGAAUGACGUCACUGCCGGGCGCCAGGCGGCACGUUGGCCGGGAUUUCGGCGGGCUUCCUGGGGAUCAAAAUGGCUAUGGCUAGUGAUUUCUACCUGCGCUACUAUGUAGGGCACAAGGGCAAGUUUGGACACGAGUUUCUAGAGUUCGAGUUUCGGCCGGACGGAAAGCUUAGAUAUGCCAACAACAGCAAUUACAAAAAUGAUGUCAUGAUCAGAAAAGAGGCUUACGUACACAAGAGUGUAAUGGAAGAACUAAAGAGAAUUAUUGAUGACAGUGAAAUUACAAAAGAAGAUGAUGCUUUGUGGCCUCCCCCUGACAGGGUUGGCCGACAGGAGCUGGAAAUUGUAAUUGGAGAUGAGCACAUUUCUUUUACUACAUCAAAAAUAGGUUCUCUUAUUGAUGUAAAUCAGUCAAAGGAUCCUGAAGGCCUUCGAGUAUUUUACUAUUUGGUACAAGACCUGAAAUGUUUAGUUUUCAGUCUUAUUGGAUUACACUUCAAGAUUAAACCAAUUUAAAUUUUAUGUUUCUGAAGCUGUUUGUAUAUUUAAUUAAGGGAUGGGUAAGGGAGGGUUUAUUUGUUAUUUACAAUUUUGGGAUUUUUAUGAAUUUGAAGCAAAUACUUUUUUUGUAUGUAAACUGAAAAUAAGAAAAAUACAUAAACAAGCUUAAUGGUUAUCAUUACUUGGGUCCAACUGGGUUGGACAGUCCCCACACACAUUAAAUUCUGUAAAUAAAAGCCACCUUUUGUUGAAGAUUUGCUCCAAUAAAACAUCAAAGCCUGGA